UGUUCUUCUUCUCUCCAAUCCUUCGCGUUCUUUCCACACUCCGGCGGACGGAAUGGCGUCUUUCCUCUUCCUCACAAGACCUGGUGUUAUUUCUCUGCGGCAGCACAGAUCACGAAGGUUCGUUUGACGCUUCUUUUUCUCUCAAAACUGUUACCAAUUUGUGGGUAUUUGAUUUUGUGCUGGAAUAUGGAAUGAGAAACUACUACCGCUACCCAGUUAGGAUUCGUUUAAAAUGUUGUCAUAGAAGUACUGAGAAACAAGAAUUCUGCUUCUCAACUAAGGUGUCUUCCUUUCAACCUGUAAACCAAUCCCCUCAAGUCUGUAAACUUCGAAACACAAAACGCGAAUUGGCAAAUAUUUUGCAAUUACCCAUUUCUGGAAAACCCGUUUCGUACUGUAAAAGAGUUCAUGGCCAGAUUAUUGUUUGGGGCUUUCACUCUGAUGUUUUCCUUGCCAACAUUCUCCUUAACAUGUAUUCGAAAUCGGGUAGCAUAUACAAUGCACGGUUACUGUUUGAUAAAAUGCCUCACAGGAACUUAAUUAGUUGGUCUUCUAUGGUUUCCAUUUACACUCGGCUCGGUUACAAUGAAGAAGCAUUAGUGAUCUUUUCAGAAUUUUGUUUAAGUUUUGAUGAGAAACCAAAUGAGUUCAUCUUAGCUAGUGUAAUCCGUGCGUGCACGCAAUUGGGUGUUGUUGAUCAGGGUGCACAAGUGCAUAGUUUUGUAAUUAAGAUUGGUUUUUAUCAAGAUGUCUAUGUGGGCACCUCACUGGUUGACUUUUAUUCAAAGAACGGCAAUAUAGAAGAUGCGAGAUUAUUGUUUAAUAAUUUGUCUGGAAAAACUGCUGUCACUUGGACUACUAUUAUAACGGGGUAUGUGAAAAGUGGAAGAGCUGAAGUUUCCCUGCAGCUAUUCAGUCAAAUGAGAGAAACUGAAGUAGUGCCUGACAAAUAUGUACUCUCCAGUGUUUUGAGUGCUUGUUCAAUGCUUGAGUUUCUCGAAGGCGGCAAACAGAUCCAUGCUUAUGUGUUGAGGAGAGAAAGAGAAAUGGAUGAUUCGGUGGUUAAUGUACUUAUAGAUUUCUAUGCAAAGUGUGGUAAAGUGCAAACUGGACGGAAACUAUUUGAUCAAAUGAUAAUUAGGAAUGUUAUAUCGUGGACUACAAUGAUCGCUGGAUAUAUGCAGAAUUCACUCAACUGGGAGGCUUUAAAGCUUUUUGUUGAAAUGACCAAAUUGGGCUGGAAGCCAGAUGGGUUUGCUUGCACAAGCACUCUUACUUCUUGUGGCUCACUCGAGGCUCUAGAACAGGGAAAACAGGUGCAUUGUUAUGCUAUCAAAGCCAACCUUGAGUCUGACGAGUUUGUGAAAAAUGGUUUAGUUGAUAUGUAUGCAAAAUGCAAUUCCUUAGUUGAUGCAAGAACUGCUUUCGAUAUCAUGGUUGAUCGCAAUGUGGUUUCUUACAACGCAAUGAUUGAAGGAUACUCUAGAUUGAGAGAACUGUAUGAAGCAUUGGAUCUUUUCCGUGAAAUGAGGCUUAUGCUGUCCCCCCCGAGCCUUUUGACAUUUGUUAGCCUUCUUGGUGUAUCAGCUUCACUAUUUUCCUUGGAAUUGAGCCAGCAAAUACAUAGUAUUAUCCUAAAAUUGGGUAUAUCUUUGGACAUAUUUGCUGGCAGCGCCUUAAUAGAUGUUUAUUCCAAGUGUUCUUUUGUUAAGGAUGCAAGACUUGUAUUUGAGGAGAUGAAUGAGAAGGAUAUUGUUGUGUGGAAUGCCAUGUUGUUUGGGUACACCCAACAAUUGGAAAAUGAGGAGGCUCUCAAACUCUUCUUAGAAUUACAGCUGUCAAGCCAGAAAUCCAAUGAAUUCACUUUUGUUGCUUUAGUCACUGCAGCCAGUAACCUAGCAAGCCUGCCACAUGGUCAGCAGUUUCAUAGUCAGCUUAUCAAGACUGGAUUAGACUUCGACCCAUUUGUUGCAAACGCUCUUGUGGAUAUGUAUGCUAAGUGUGGAAGUAUUGAAGAGGCUCGCAGAACAUUUAAUUAUGCAGUUUGGAGAGAUGUUGUGUGUUGGAAUUCCAUGAUCUCAACAUAUGCACAGCAUGGAGAAGCUGAAGAAGCUCUCAUGAUGUUUGAACGAAUGAUCAAAGAGGGAAUAAAACCGAACUAUGUCACUUUUAUAGGUGUGCUUUCAUCAUGUAGCCAUGCAGGGCUUGUAGAGGUUGGGUUCCAUCACUUUGACUCAAUGCACAGGUUUGGAAUUGAACCAGGUACAGAACAUUAUGCUUGCAUGGUUUCUCUCUUGGGCCGAGCUAGUAAACUGUAUGAAGCAAAGGAAUUUAUUGAGAAAAUGCCAAUCAAACCUGCAGCAAUAAUAUGGAGGAGCUUGCUCAGUGCAUGUAGAAUUGCUGGUAAUGUUGAAUUGGGUCAAUAUGCAGCAGAGAUGGCAAUUUCAAUUGAUCCAGUGGACAGUGGAUCAUAUAUUCUACUUUCAAAUAUUUUUGCAUCCAAAGGAAUGUGGAUUGAUGUGAAGAAGGUGAGGGAGAGAAUGGAACUUAAUGGGGUGGUGAAAGAACCUGGGCGUAGUUGGAUUGAAGUGAAUAAUGAGAUUCAUGUUUUUAUUGCAAGAGACAAAGCUCAUUCCAAGGUCAAUAUGAUUUGUUCGGUUUUGGAUGUUUUGAUUCGGCAUAUCAGAGUGGCUGGUUAUGUGCCAGACACCACUACACUAAUGAUGAAUGAUUGAGAAACAACACCAAUUAGAGAAAAAAAGGCCAAGUUUUUUUAGCUCUUGGCUUAUAGUUCAAUGAGAAUCUGAAUCCAAUUUCUUGUCUUAGUGGUUGGGGACUUGAGAAUUUGCAUCCUAAUGAUAUCAGGAAACAAAGAUCAAUUUGAGGCUUAGUAUAUGUCAUUAUGAGCUUGAUUUGUUUGAAGACGGAAUAUUUAUUUUUCAGGGCGGUUUAGUUGAAAUCAAUUCAUUGGGGUUUUCAGGUUAUUCAGAAAUGGAGGCUAUGGUUGCAGUCAUCAUAAAGAGUCUGCGAUCAGAAAUAUCUAGGUGAAUACAGUACCUUUAACCCAUUGGUUGCUUCUUGUUUGAUGUGUAUGGUAGAAUACAUUGAUUUUAUCUAAGAAAAUUUGUUAGUUUGUUCUUGUCAAAACAUGCUUUCCUGCUCUGUUUAGGUGAGUAAAGAUUAUAAAAUCCAAUUUAUGGGCAAUCAUCUAAAGCUUUAAAAGAAAUGCCUC